GACGAGCCCCACAUAAAGCGUCGUCAUGCCAUGCUUGCUGCCCAUCCUGACAUCAAAACGUUGUAUGGCAUUGAACCCUCUACCAAAUAUGUUAUUGCUACUAUUGUCUCGGUGCAACUGGCUCUUGCAUAUUAUUUCGGUCAAGUAUGGAGUACUGGGCAGACUGGAAAAGGGUUUAUGCUUGCCUUGAUAGUUUGUGCUUUUGUCAUAGGUGGAACCAUUACGCAACUCAUUGGUGUAAUAAUUCAUGAAGCUACUCAUGGCCUUAUCUUUGAAUCUCCCAUCAUGAACAAAAUUGCUGGCAUUGUGUCCAAUCUAGCUCUCCCUGUUCCUAUUGCCCAGUCCUUCCGUCGCUACCAUCUUGAACAUCAUGCUUUUCAAGGUGUUGUGGGUAAGGAUCCCGACCUUCCUUUAGAUUUCGAGGUCAAGCUUAUCAAGGGAAACACUUUUGCAAAAAUAAUUUUUAUUACCUUGUAUCCUGUCAUGUACGUAGUCCGUGGCCUUGCCAUGCAAAAGGCUCCCAGCGAUUGGGAAUACAUCAAUGUUGUCACCACUGUCGUCGCUGACGUGCUGAUUUGGAGGUUUUGUGGUCCUAUUGGCUUUUUUUACAUGUUUCUCUCCCUUUGGUUUGGUUACUCUUUUCAUCCUGCUGCUGCGCAUUUCAUUCAAGAACACUUUACCUUUGCUGAUGGUCAGGAAACUUAUUCGUACUAUGGCGGGCUGAAUAAGCUUUUUUUGAACAUUGGCUACCAUAACGAGCACCACGACUUUACAAAGAUUCCAUGGAGCAAAUUGCCGACUCUUAAAGCCAUGGCACCUGAAUUCUACGAUACGCUGCUGUUCCACGAUUCUUGGAUGAGGGUUCAUUGGGAUUUUAUUUUUAAUUCUGAUCUUGGUCCACAGUCUCGUGUUGGCCGC